AUGGCACCUAAGGCGGAUAACAAGCAAGGCAAGACGAAGCCCAGCGACCGCGCUGGCGCUGCUGCCAAGGCAGUCCUGAAGGGUGUAGGCGCGCACAAGGCUCGCAAGGUCCGCACUUCCACCACCUUCCACCGCCCUAAGACCCUUGAGCUCUCCCGGUCGCCCAAGUACCCCCGCAAGUCGAUUCCUCAUGCUCCUCGUCUCGAUUCUCACAAGGUCAUUCUCUACCCCCUUAACACCGAGAGUGCGAUGAAGAAGAUUGAGGAGAACAACACCCUGGUUUUCAUCGUGGAUGUGAAGGCGAACAAGCGUCAGAUUAAACUGGCUCUUAAGAAACUUUAUGAUGUCGACACUGUUAAGGUCAAUACUCUUGUCAGGCCCGAUGGAUCCAAGAAAGCCUUCGCUCGGCUAACCCCUGAUGUGGAUGCUCUGGAUAUUGCGGCUACCAAGCUUGCCAUUGUCUAG